AUGUUCUCUUUACUUCUCUCUCCCUUCUCCUCUACGACCACUCCGGAUCAUAACAAUUCCACUCCUCCAAUCACUGAACAUGCAUCAACUCCCACGAUUGAAUUUUCUUUUGAUUAUUUCCAACAUGUACAACUUCCAACCGAAUUAUGGCUCUAUAUUUUACAAUAUUUACAAAUUCCUGAUUUGGGGGCCUUCUCAAAAUGCGAUUCAAAACUCUUCCAUUGGAUCAUGUGUCGAAAUGUCAAGAGAGAAAAUUCCUUCACGUUCACGAUCAAGAAUUGGUUUUCCAAUACGAUUGAAACGAGUAAGGAACAAGUGGAAUAUCAACCCAUGCAACAACUUGUUUGGGGACCCAUGUUGUUGAGAUACUUUCCGAGAUUUCAAAUUUCGAGUCUUGAGGGAAGAGUACGGAAUUAUUUGACCGUUCUGCAGAGGAGAAUGAGAUUUGUGAAACAACAAGAUGAUGAAAUGCCGUCCAUUCGAAGACAAUUACAAUAUUCGUCACUAGAUUUAUUUCGAUUGGAACAAGAACGACAACAUAAAGAAAUGAAAAUGAAAAUUCAACAAGGAUUAACAACAAAUCAGGAUGAAAAUAAUUAUCCUAACGGUGCUAAAGUUGAUCAUGUGUUUGACAUUGAAGACUUGUAUGAUUUUCCUUUGAUUAAAAAGUCAAAACGUGGAUACUUGCACUAUCUCGAAGAUGAUUUCAUUGAAAAUUGUCAAUGGGUCUAUAAGUGUCCCUUAAAUUUCACACAAAUUGCAGACCAUUCUAAAAAUUCUACCAUAUGCUCACAUUGCAAUGAGAGAGUGUAUCGAGUGAGAACUGAACAAGCAUUUAAAUAUCAUAGCGACAUGGGACAUUGUGUGGCGUUUACGUAUAAGGGAGAGAAAAAAAUUGGUUGUGUAUUGUAUUAA